AUGCCCGAGAGCGCCUCACAGUGGUGGUUUCGGCGCCUCUUUAACCCUCGCCCACAAGCAAAAAAAAAUGAACUCGGGGAUCCAAGCAGAGGGCUUCUCCCGGCGUCAUCAACCCCCCCACAAGAGAGUGGAUCGAGCCUUCCCGAGCAUUCAGACGUCGAGGCGACAAUUGAACCGACUAGAGCAUGUAGUCAAGAACGAGAGCGCGCGACCUCCACCGAUGAAACAACGCUGGUUUCUCUGAGCGAGUCAACAACUCAUCACACCUCACAAGUUGCCAGUCCCGAAGCAGCUCAUCAAGCAGAAGAUCACGAUAUAGCGACCCGCGACUUUGCAGAGGAGUCACCGUCCUCUUCAGGCCAGCAGAACAUUGAUGGUAUUAAAGGAAUCGAAAGCGAAGGAGGAAGCGAGGGAAGCAAGCAUACACCAACCAAGGUGGACCUUGGAGAAGUGAGAACCCAACCACCGCACGCCGUGGAUGUUAACGACGCACUACAACCACCUCUACAAAUUGUGACAGAGUCAUUGCCGGAAGACAACAAGUCCCCCUCACUAGAGGAACAAACCUUCGACGCCUCCACAAUAGGGCAUCAGGACCACAAUGUAGACCCACUCUCACCGCAUAAUCCCAUCAAAAAUGGCCUCAUUAUAAUGGAUCCAAAUCAACUAGAUCCCGAACCUUUAUCGAUCAUUAGUAGCCCUCAGGGCCCGAGCAAGGAUAUUCAACUCAGGCCUGCACCACACCCAAGCAAAGAAGUUAAAAACCUGGCCUUAAACCAACGGUUGGACGAACUGAAGAUAGAAACCGAGUUUCAGAGUGACUGUGUAAUACAGCGGGUGGGCACAUGGGACAAGGGAAGUUCCACAAAGUCGUGGAAAACGUCAAAAUGGGAGAAAAAGAAAGUUAUUGGGCGCGGAAGCUUUGGAAUCGUCUGGUUACAGGAAAAGGUGGACUAUCUUCAAGAAGGGGAGUUGCUUGCAUUUCUUAAACUUAAGCAGGUAGGUUUCUCCAUACUCCAAGCGUGGCUCGUUGAGGUACUGAGGUAUCAGUUUGACCACCUUUUUGUAAAAUUCCACGGUUGGUACGAAGAUGUGGAUAACACGUUCAUUGUGAUGGAAUACGUUGAACAUGGUGAUUUGAGCCAAUACGUUCAGAGAUCUAGGCAAGGUGCAAGUGCCCUGAGGUCACUGAUGGAAGUGAAAGAGAUCACUAGGCAGAUUUUGGAGGGCCUUGAGGUGCUCCACAGUAAGAGGAUAUACCACCGUGAUCUAAAGCCCCAGAAUAUCCUAAUAGCCUCUUUCGAUCCGGUCUGGGUCAAGAUAGCCGAUUUUGGUGUAUCGAAACAGGCAAAAAAUACCUCUAUACGAACAGAAGCCGGUACUCAUGGUUAUCUUGCUCCCGAGAUUCUUGGAUUUAACCAGCGAGAGUUUAAAGCUCAAGGCUUGAUUCCGCAUGCUCUAGAUAUCUGGUCGUUAGGCUGUUUGGUUUAUGAGCUCUUCACCUUCGAACUCGGCCGACAGCCGCCGAUGCUUUACAAAGCUCAUGGCUUGCAGGGCUUCAAGCUGGACUUUGGUGAGGAGAAUAUUCUCAUGAGACAAUGUGGUAAAGAAAACAUCAGUCGCUUCUUGCCUAAGUCGGGAGAACAAAAGAUUCUGGAUCUAGUUAUGCUGGCUGUGACGGGGCGGACUAACAAGGCUCUUUCUAGACUUCUGGAGUCUCCGGAUUGCCCUGAAUUAGUGGAUAGCGAAUUCAAGAAAACAUUACUUCAGCAAGCAGUGGAAUCCGAGAUCCUCGAUACUGUCGAGCUACUUUUGAAAACCACAGAUAAUGAUGAUAUGGUUGAGCUAAUCCUGAAUCAUGUGAGUGACACCCAAAGCGCACUCCUGUUGGCCGUGAGGUCAGGAAAAGCGAACAUGGUGCGAAGUAUCUUAGCGAUGAACUUUAAGAACGGCAACUUUUCGAAGAAUGGUAGAAAACACCGUGCUGCGUUACAGGAGGCAAUCAGCGCAGGAAACCUUGGUAUUAUCACGUUGCUUUUGGAUGACGAAACCAACGUCAACACCACCGCAGAAUAUUAUGUCGGAGGUAGGACCCUAUUGCAAUUGGCAGCGGAAGGUGGAGACAUCGAGAUUGUCAAGUAUUUAUUGGGAAGAAACGCCAAUGUCAACGCAAAAGCGGGAGACAAGAAUGGACGAACAGCGCUACAAGCAGCUGCCGAAUGUGGUCAUAUGGAAAUUGUCAAGCUUCUUCUGGAGAAGAAAGCGAACGUUAAUGCCGGAGCAUCAAAGGACAGGGGGCGAAGAGCCCUUCAAGGAGCCGCUGGAGGCGGACAUAUCGACGUUGUGAAGCUCUUAUUGGACCAUGGCGCCGAUGUCAACACAAAGGCGGCACCCAUCCAUGGUCGGACAGCCUUACAAGCGGCGGCUUGUGGGGGACACAUGGAAAUCGUCAAGCUCCUCUUGAGUCAUAAUGCCGAUGUGAAUGCUUUAGGAGCAGAAAACAAGGGCGGACGGACAGCUUUGCAACUGGCUGCUGAGAAUGGACAUGUCGAGAUUGUCGAACUUUUAUUGGAGAAAAGCGCCUCCGUGAACGCGCCAGCAAGGGGAGGGGGUGGGUGUACAGCCUUGGAAGCGGCUGCCGGGGGUGGACAUCUCGAAGCUGUCAAAAUCCUACUGGAAAAUGGAGCACUGGUUAGCGUACCGGAAUUGUCCACGUAUCCGGAUUCUUCUCGAAGUGCAUUGAAAGCAGCGGUUCAAGGGGGAAAUUUUGAUAUUGUUAAGUUGUUGUUUAGAAAUGGAGACGAAGAUUCUUUGGAACCUGCAGCUGGCAUCGGACAUAUCAACAUUAUAAAGUUUUUAUUAGACAAGGUCAAGCUCGCCUACGUCAAUGACAAGAUCAUAAUACAGAACCGAAUCCAACAAGCGGCCGGUGCGGCAGAGCGCGGUGGACAUCUUGAGGUUUUGAAGCUUUUGGUGGGUGACGAGGACUUUGGUGGAACCCCCAACGAUAUACGCCGUUUUUUCUCCGGGUUACUUGAGCCAUCUGCUUCUGCUGGACGUGCCGACAUGAUUAGAACUAUAUUACAGAUGAGCCCUGGGCCUGAUUUCGAAUAUAGGCUUAACGCAGCCUGCCGAGCAAAUAAAAAGAAAAACCUCGAGAUCCUUCAGCUCUUGGUACCGCCAGCAACUACAAAAUUAACCAGAGCGAGCCAUUUUAUGCUUGUGCGGGCGGCCAGGGAAGGGCUCAUCGAUUAUGUGAGACUUCUCUUGACUAAUGGGGCAGAAGUUGGCCUUGAUGGCAGCGAUAUCAGAUAUUAUGGAAGUGAUUAUACUUCAACGCCCCUACAAGCGGCGGCAGGAGCUGGGCACCUCGAUAUUUGCAUUCUACUCUUGGAUAAUAAGGCACAUGUGGAAUCGAGGGCCAACAACUACCAGAGUGGAACUGCUCUACAAGCUGCAGCCGAGGGUGGACACGUCAAGGUUGUUAGGCUUCUCCUAAAUCACCAGGCUGACGUGGGCGCACGAGGGGCGGAUAAGGACGGUAUGACUGCCUUGGAAGCAGCUGUCAAGAUUGGGAGUACUACAAUUGCAAAGAUGUUAUUGGAGAGGCGUGCAGAUGCCGACAUAUUUCAUCAAGGAAAUCCCCUUGCAGAUGCGGCGAAAGCUGGCCACCUUGAUCUUGUCAAGCUUCUCUUGGACUACGGUGCCAACGUCAAUGGAAAUUAUCCAGGACAGUCACCCUUAUACUCUGCUGCCGGUGGCGGUCACAUUGAUGUUGUAAGGUUCUUGCUGGGUUAUGGUGCGGAUUGCCCCCCGCCCAACAACGAGUGGAUAGAUGCCUUGAGUUUGGCAGCUUCGAGCGGACGUAUCGAGCUUGUUAAGCUCCUGUGUGAAACAAAAUGCGAUUACAGUUUGUUGACCGUACAAUAUAUGAUGGAAGCGGCGGCCAAAGAAGGCCAUUUUGAUACUGUCAGGUUCAUCUUGCAGAACGCCCCUGACUCCGCAUUCGAGGCCGAUGGGUAUAAUUGGAGGUUGAGAAGGAUCCUGGAGACUGCCUGCUGGACUGGCCAAGCAGAUCUAGUUCAGCUUGUAUGGGAAAUUGUGAAACGCAAUAAUACUAUUCGCGUGGAAGAUCUACUCGAAUCAUCAAUUUUGACACAGGCUGUGGAGAGGGGUCAUAUCCAUAUUUUCAAGCUAUUGUUAAGCUACGGGGCUGAUCCAACCUUGGGGAAGGAGCAUGGUGAAGUAGCACUACAAGCGGCUGCGGGGGAUGGAGAUCUGGAGAUGAUCGAGACGUUACUGCUCCCGAAUCACCGAUAUUCCAUACACAAUGCGCUGCAUGCGGCUGUGCAGAACGGAAAUAUCGAUAUCGUCCGCCGACUACUGAAUUGGGACAGGGGCGUCAACGUCAAUACGCCGGUAAAUGGAGCAACCCUUUUGCAUCUGGCUGUUAGGUCCGGCGAGAUGGACAUUGUUAAGCUUCUGCUAGACCGCGGGGCCGACGUGAACGCAGUAUCAGGCGAUGAAAAACCAUAUAGAAAACGUUUAACUAUUUUAGGGGGGGCGCUAUUCUCUGGACAUGUUGGCAUUAUCAAGCUGAUUGUAUGCCAAAAGUCUCUUAUCAACUUUAUAGUGGAGUAA